CAUGGCUCCAAUCGCAUGGCUCAUUCGGUGACUUCGCCAGAACUCUCGUCGAACAAUAGCAGAACAGCAUAGUAACGCCCACUGAGAUCUGUCUACUGUGUCUUCCUCGACGACAAUGCGCUUGGGUUCCUUAUUGUCUUCCGGUGGAAGCCGACCAUGUCGCCGAAGUGGACUCCCCCUCAUAAGGUACUCGAGGGGGACGAAGUGAGCUCAGCAUCGCGCCCACUACCUUCGAAGUAUUUGCACAACGAGCGCCCUGCAAACCCGCCUUCAUCAUUGUCAUCCUCCAUUCACCAUCCGUCAUGACUCAAAUGCAGAGCGCCCCCUCUUGCUCUGAGCGACCUGAGACCGUUGGUGAUAACGCAGAUUGUCUUCCCCCGACCAUACAAGUCCAGGCUCCAUUUGAACCCGAAGCGGAGGUGGUACUCGCUUUCCUAAGCAAGGAUUCCUUGGAAGAUGUUUCCGAAGAGUUGAAGGGCUUUUCGGUGCUCUCCUCGGAGGGAAAAUAUCUCGUCGUCGGCCCGUCAGACGUCGCUCCCGCGUACAAUGAUCACUUUGUACCCUUAGAAGCGGUCAUCGCUCGUCACAAGGGACUUGAGACUAGGCUAUCACCUCACCCAUGCUUCAUCCAUCGCUUGCCGACCGAGGUGUUGUGCGCCAUCUUCCUUAUGUGCGGCGACCAGAACAAGGUCUUCGACUAUCCGCGCGACGAGCUCAUGGACCCUGUCGGCGUUCGCGACGAGACCACCUUCUACAUCCGAUCGACGGUGAUUAUCGGAAGCGUCUGCUGGCGCUGGUACACGACAACGCGCGGAUGCCCUCACCUGUGGACCUUGGUCGACGUCUCAUUGCCCCAGCCUCGCGAUAUUUCUGCCUUGCGACUCAGCUUGAAGUACUCCAAAGGUCUCCCUCUGACAUUACGGGUCAACGACUUCUACCAAGUGCCCACGCGGAGAACCGAUGUUUGCCAGAAGUUCAUGACUCUCGUCGCCGCUUCCGACAGUCGCUGGCAGGAAAUAUCCAUCAUCUUGCACUCCAAGUCUCCGACGGUGCACGAGGUGGUCGCACCCCUGCUACAGGUGGCGGACGGCUCCUUCACCUCCGUCAAACGGGCCAUGCUCCGCUUCUUCGCGGAUGACUUCGACCGCACAACUUCGUCUCGCCUCUGGCAGAUGCUCUCUGCUUCGCCUGCGCUUCACGUCGUGCAGUGGUUCUACGUAUUCGUUGACGCGCCGUCGUCCGUCUUUCAGCGCCUCACUCACGUGGGCAUAGAAGUGAUCCUACCCGAGGAUCUCAUGGCGCUCGUCAGCGCCUGCCCUCAGCUGCAAGUCCUCCAAGCGGUCGUCCAGCCUGCGGACGCAUUCGUCGGUAGGAACGAUGGUCACCUCAUUCAGACGCUGCCUGCACCUAUACACCUGCCCCAUCUUCGGGCUCUCUCACUUCGAGGGAUGCACGACUGGACGCGCUUUUUCGACGGGAUCACGGCGCCCAACAUUCGCCGUAUGGAGAUGGCCCUCGCGGGUAUCCAGGCCAGCGCGAUAGGUGCUAUGCUGAGCCGCUCGACCGCGCGUCUUGACAUGUUAGCUCUUCGCUGGGUCGCGAACCUGGACAUGAUCACUUCGAUCCCUCCCCUCACCUUCCACCCAAUCUCACCGCUCUCACAAGCACUUACGAAGCGGCAGAGCAUGCAUAUCGUUCAUUGAGUAGGUUUUAAAUAUCGCAUUGUGCUGUGAUAUCGUACUUUGAAGGGCUGAAGGGACCCCUUUAUCUCCUGUGUCUACUCUUCUGGUAG